AUGAAAUACAUCACCCCCGUGGAAACGACUUGGAGCUUGUCAAUGGUACCGCCAGAAACUUGUGCGGCAAAGGAAAAGAAAACCAAAGAAGAAACCGAUGCCCCAAAUAGCGGUAAGGACGACAAGUAUGUCGAGAGAGAUGGCAACAAGAUUUCCUUUGUGGGUCCUGAACACUCGGCCAAAAAAGAGCAGGCAGCUGAUUUUGACCAGAGUCAGCGAGACUGUGUGAACAAGUAG